AAUACGAGGCUCAGGUAAAAAACAUGGAAAGGACACCCGAGGAAUGCUGAAGACGUGGAUAAAAUGAUCGUUUCUUUUCCACUCUUUGAACUAGUAUUUACUUAACGAGCUAAGGGACGAUAAGUGAGGAUAAGGAAUUAACCUGCCACCAUGAGAAGGAACACAAAAACCCUGUUAAAGUAUGUCAUUGUGGCAGGUGUUUGUCUUGCAUUUGGGCCCUUGCUGCUGAGGACAUUAUUUGGAGACAAGCCGAAGACCGAGGCUCUGUUAGACAGGGGUCUUCCUUUACCCCCUGGUGAUAACCGGCAUGAGAAAUUUCUAGAGAGGCCUAAGGAAGAACAGCCUCUUGAUAAUGAGCCUGUUGACCCUAAUGCUAAAAUAGACUGGCAUAAUUACAAACAAAUUGCAGAAGAAAAAGAGAGAAAAGGUCCUGGUGAACAGGGUUCAGCAGUGAUUCUCAGUCCAGAGGAAGAGCAAAAGAAAAAUGACCUUUAUAAAGUCAAUGGCUUCAAUGCCUAUGCAAGUGAUAAAAUAUCUCUAGACAGAGCUUUGGUGGAUAUUAGGCAUCCAGACUGCAAGCACAAGAAGUACUUAGCUAAGUUACCCACUGCCAGUGUUGUGAUACCUUUUCACAAUGAACACUGGACCACUCUCCUUAGAAAUGUACAUAGUCUUAUCAACAGAUCUCCCAAAAGUCUCUUGCAUGAAGUGAUCCUUGCUGAUGACGCUAGUACAAAAGAUUUUCUUGGCCAAAAGCUGGACGAUUACUUAAAAGAACAUUUUACCAAUGUGCGAACUGUGCGUGCAAAGAAGCGAGAAGGUUUAAUCAGGACCAGACUGCUAGGAGCCAAAGCCGCAACAGGAGAUGUCCUCAUAUUUUUGGAUUCUCACUGUGAAGCCAAUGUGAACUGGUUACCCCCCUUGCUCGAGCCUAUUGCCCAGAAUAGAAGAACAGCAGUUUGCCCCUUCAUAGACGUGAUUGACUUUGAGAAUUUUGCCUACAGAGCUCAGGAUGAAGGCGCCAGGGGAGCCUUUGAUUGGGAAUUCUUUUACAAAAGAUUGCCUCUGCUGCCGGAGGAUUUAAGGCAUCCAUCAGAACCUUUCAAGAGCCCAGUGAUGGCUGGAGGGUUGUUUGCUAUAGACAGGAAGUGGUUCUGGGAGUUGGGAGGUUAUGAUCCUGGUCUGGAUAUCUGGGGAGGGGAGCAGUACGAACUCUCUUUUAAGAUCUGGCAGUGUCAUGGACAGAUGGUGGAUGCUCCAUGUUCCAGAGUGGGGCACAUCUAUAGAAAGUUUGCACCUUUCCCUAAUCCUGGCAUAGGAGAUUUUGUAGGAAAGAACUACCGAAGAGUAGCAGUAGUGUGGAUGGACGAAUAUGCUGAGCAUCUAUACAGACGAAGACCUCAUUAUAAAAAUAUUGACCCUGGUGACCUCACUGAACAGAAAGCUAUCAGGCAGAAACUGAAGUGCAAACCUUUCAAAUAUUUUAUGGAGGAGGUUGCGUUUGAUUUGAAAAAAUAUUACCCACCUGUAGAACCCCCACCGUUUGCAGAGGGAGAGGUGAGAAAUCUAGGCAGCGGGCUAUGUAUUGACACCAGGUUUAGAGGACAGAAUGAAAAGUUUGGUCUGGAGACCUGUAUUAGUGAGAGCCCUAAAGGAGGAGGGGAACAGCAACUGGAGUUGUCCUGGCAUAAAGAUAUCCGCCCAAAGAAAAGGAAUGUGUGUUUUGAUGUGUCCUCUUCUGUACAUAAAGCACCUGUGAUCCUCUUUGGAUGUCAUGGAAUGCAAGGGAACCAGCUGUUUAAAUAUAAUUCAAAAACCAAGCAAAUAUUCCAUCCUAUAUCAAACCACUGCUUGGACAGUGACUCUGGCAACAAAGAAAUAUUCAUGACACAGUGUGAUGAAAACUUGCAGUCUCAGAAAUGGACUUUUGAAAAAUUAAAUGCUGUAGAAAUGAAAAAGCUUUGGAAUGAGCCAGUACAUUAGAUUAAAUAGAAUAUACUAGUACAAUUGUACCUACUUAAUAAGCACCAAAAAUGUUACAUGCUGAGCUAUCUUUUAGAUGAAGAAGUUUUUUUAACAAACCAAAAAGUCGUGGAGAAAUGUUAUUAAGAAUCAAAAAUUGUUGGUCUUGCUCCCAGACUCCAAGAUUCAUAAACAGUGUUACUGUAGGUUACUACAGUGUAAUGUGGCAAUUAAAGCCAGACUUGGAGGUCAAUUUUCAAUUUUGAAAUGUUAUAUGCAAAGCUUCGUGUCAUACUCUUCCAUUGUGCAAUUUGAGAUUGAAGUUUUCAUAGUAGGAAAAGGCGUAUUGCCUACGAAUGACAGACCCAGAGGAAAACAAAGACGCCAAUAUUCAGCAAAUCCAGUUACUGUCAUGCAGUGUAUAAUCUCAUUGGUAAUUAGCACGGUGUCAAUGAAGCAGGAUAUUUUAAAGCAAUGCACUGAUAUAGUGUUACAAGGAAAGGACCAUGUCAUUUUAUUAAGCUGGAAUUGUAUGAGAUACAUUUGUAAACAAAUACCAUAAUGAUUGAAAGUUUACUUUUCUAUGCAAUAUAACAUGCACUUAAAGUAAAACAGAAUAGUUUGCUCAUAAAGUCAGGUGUAUUUUUACUGAUAAGUUUGCUAAUUGAUGUGGGUUGUAGUUAUAGGAAAUGAUGAUAAAGUAUAUAACAUUUUCAGAUGCCAAUUUUUCAAAUGCCAUUCCUAACAUUUUGAUGAAUUCCGUUUUUGUUUAGGUAUACAGAAACAGGAUCAGAGAUCCAAAAAGUUACACAUGAACAUAAUGUUAAACCAUUUUCAUCUCUUUUUUGUAAAAAGCAAGAAAACCUGGUUGAAUUAACUUCCAUGUUUAUUAGGCAUAGUUUGUUCUUCUUUGUUAAACAUUCCAACUUAAAGUUUUUGAGCCAAACCAGAUAAGCAGUUAUAGAAAACACAAUGAUUGUGCAGCUGUAAUGAAGGACUGAAGUAUUUAGAUGUAGGGUGGUUGUGGUUGACGUAUGUAAAAGUCUGAGAUGCCAAAAUGAGCAGACAAUAUUGUCCAUAUAUGAAUCAGAAUUUUGUUGUAACAUAGCAUGUAUAGGUAAAUAUCUCUACUUGGAUAAAAAAAACCCUCUGCCUUCUAAAUAUAAAUCAGAAAGUAGUUUGUUUAGAGUUUUCACCAGGGUUGGAACUUUCAUAAAGGAAUUUUAAUAUGAAGUAUGUCAGAACUGACCAUUAUAGGUAAUUUUGACCUCAAUUAAAUAGUUUAUGCCCAAUGUUUAAAAGUACUGUAGCAGGAGGAGGACAAAGGAAAAUGACACAAUGUAAAGAGGGAUUAUACAGCUGUUUAUAGAAGUAAAAUAUAAGAAAACCCAUAGUAGUGUCAAAUAGAACAAAAUUAAAAGUUAGGGUAAAGCAAAGGCAAAUCUGUACUAUGAGGUGUCUGUCAUUUUUACAAAUUUAAAUAAUUUUGUUAGAAAUUAA